AAUCUCUUUUGCUCUGAUCGGGCAGUCGAGCCAGUUCUCAGUGGCUUCGUGUAUAAGCCACAACUCUUUAUUUUCUUUGCUCGCGUUGUCAUCGGUCUUCUGUGGUCGUGUGGACCCUUUGGGAAUUGCACAAAUGACAGAAUCUCAGUGUGGUCCACCUUUAAUGUCAAUAUACUCAAUAUAAUCUGUUGAUUUUCAACAGAUAUUUUUAUUUGUUUUAUUUUAUUUUUUUUUUAAUUUUAAUUUUAAUUAAAAUUGUGUGACGUUCUUCUAUUUAUAAUAAAAAAAAAAAAGGUUUGUGUUUUAACUUUUGUGUUAUGUUAAUUUACUCGCAAAUGGAUGAAAAUUCAGUGUCAAAGGAUGCUUUAUUGUGUUUGUUUUUAACAAUUAAGUGCAAGUGUUAUACAUUUUAAUGAGUUUUCCUAAUUCUUCUUUGGAAUACAGCUAAUUAAUUUUUCUACAAAUGGAUCCAUCAACAAAUAGCCCGGUGACCUCAGUACCAUCAUUGGAACUGAAAACAAGGAGGGCUCAAUUUCAAACUCAAGCUUCAACGGUUGAUACGAGAAGAAGGCAUGCGGUUUGUGUUCGUAGAGCUUUCAAGAAAUAUGGACCAAAAAAGAAUCCAAACGUUAUUUUGGAUGGACUCAAUAUGACAGUACCAAAAGGAACCAUAUACGGUCUUUUAGGUGCAAGUGGCUGCGGUAAAACAACAUUACUCUCAUGCAUUGUUGGUCGAAGACGUUUAAAUUCGGGUGAAAUCUGGGUGUUGGGAGGUAGACCCGGCUCAAAAGGCUCUGGAGUUCCAGGGCCACGAGUCGGUUAUAUGCCACAAGAAAUUGCACUUUAUGGGGAAUUUUCCAUAAGGGAAACAUUUAUCUACUUUGGCUGGAUUGCUGGAAUGACAACAGAGCAAGUCGAUAGUAAAUUAGAUUUCUUAUUAAAGUUUUUGGAAUUGCCCUCAGAGAGUCGUUUUGUAAAAAAUCUUUCGGGCGGUCAACAAAGGCGAGUGUCAUUUGCGGCAGCUUUAUUGGCUGAUCCUGAAUUAUUGAUACUUGAUGAACCAACAGUGGGUGUUGAUCCUGUUCUUCGUAAAAGUAUUUGGGAUCAUUUGGUACACAUCACCAAGGAUGGUAAUAAAACAAUUAUAAUAACGACACAUUAUAUUGAAGAAACAAGACAAGCCGGUAUUAUUGGUCUCAUGAGAGGUGGCAAAUUUCUUGCCGAAGAAUCGCCAAAAAGAUUAAUGGAAAUGCACAGGCUGGAUACAUUGGAGGAAGUUUUUUUGAAAUUAAGUAAACGUCAAAAUAUGGGUCUCAGACGAAGAAGUAGUAUUCUCAGUAGCGUUACUGGUGUACUUCCAGAAGCCACACCAGAUGAUGAAAUGAGCGGAGAAUUUGGUGAUAAUGUCAGUAUUUCUAGUCGCAGGAAAAGUAUCGUCGUGACUGAAGAGCAAAUUGCAGCGGAACUUCCACCAGAGGAGGAAGGGAACUCUAGUUUCAAAAUGCUCGAUCCAAAACAUAUGAAAGCUUUAAUAUGGAAAAAUUUUCUAUGGAUGUGGCGGAAUGUAGGAAUAAUGGCAUUUAUAAUUGGUCUACCAGUUUUGCAAAUAAUUUUGUUCUGCGUUUCAAUUGGUAAAGAUCCGGUUGGUUUAACAUUGGCAAUUGUAAAUAAUGAAUUAAAUAACAGUAUGGACAGAUGCAUUCCAUCGGUGGGUUGCGAUAGUACACGAUUAAGCUGUCGAUUUUUACAUCAUCUUGAAAAACGAACUGUUCAAUUUCUUCCAUGUGAUACGGAUGAUGAAGCGAGACACGCCAUUACGAAAGGUUGGGCCUGGGCUGCUAUUUCAUUCCCAUCGAAUUAUUCAGAAUCCUUACAAAAUAGAAUCAAUGAUGGAGCAAAUGCUGACGAAGCCAGUGUCGCUUUUUCUGAUAUGAAUGUCGUUAUGGACAUGUCAAAUCAACAAAUUGGUCAACUUCUUCAGAGGGAUCUAUUGUAUUCGUAUCAGGACUUUGCAAAAGAUUUUAUAGGUGCCUGUAACUAUAGCGAGAAAUUAGCAACGCUACCUGUAAAUUUCAAAACUCCGAUAUAUGGAACAAAAGAGCCUAAUUUCACAGAUUUUGCAGCUCCUGGAGUUAUUCUAACUAUCAUUUUCUUCCUGUCUGUUGCACUCACUUCGGGAGCUAUGUUACUGGAAAGAAAUGAGGGUCUACUUGAAAGAUGUUUAGUUUCCGGUGUAACGGGGACAGAAAUUCUGUUCGGACAGGUCGUUACACAGUUUAUGGUGAUGACUGGUCAAACAGUGAUGGUUUUGAUUUUCGCAUUUGCCGUGUUCAACGUCACGUGUGAGGGAGAUUUAGUCUUGGUGACUAUUCUCACAAUACUUACUGGAUUGUGUGGAAUGUGUUUCGGAUUCGUUGUUGCUUGCUCGUGUGAUAAUGAAAGAAGUGCAACGUAUAUGGCAAUGGGAUCAUUUUUGCCAAUUGUCAUGUUAUGCGGAAUUAUUUGGCCUAUUGAAGGAAUGCAUCCAGUUUUGAGAUAUAUCAGUUUCAUUUUGCCAUUGACCAAGAGCACAGAAUCAUUUCGAUCAAUGUUGGCGAGAGGAUGGACAAUCUCAGAGGCAACGGUUUAUGAAGGAUUUAUUGCCACUUUCAUCUGGAUUAUCGUUUUUCUAACAAUCGCAAUAUUAUUACUUAAAUUCAAAAAGGGAUAAAUGGGAAAUUGUUUUUCCUUUCUUUGUUUUUUUUUUUGUUGUUGUUUGUAACACCAAUUCCAAUUUGCCAUUAUAAUUGACCAUUUUUUAUUUUUGAUGAUAAAAUGUUAUCUCAUUAUGUGGUUAAUUUAUAUUGUAAUAUUUAGUAUAUGAAGAGCUUAAAAUUACUGAAACUGAGAAAGUUUAAACUAAGUAUAAAUUUAUAGUUUUUAAUUAGACAUUAUAGCUGAUGUUAUAAAGAUAAGAAAAAAGAGUUUUAAUCAUUGAAAAUGAAAUUAAAUGGAAAAGAAUUCUUUUAAGUCUUUUUUUUGUUUGAUUGAAAAGUGUUUUGUUCUGCGGAAAACUUUUUCAUCUUAAUAUGUUAAAUCAAAAUAAAUGAGUGUAUAUUGUGUGUCAAUAACGAAUUGCUCAAUGCGAUGUAAUAUAUUUAUUAUUUUGUUUAACUUAAAAAAACAAAUUAUUUAUAAAACAAAUGUCUAUAUACAUUAAAUAUUGAUAAUGAUAACAAUAGAAUAAUAUAUGUAAAAUGUUGAUUUAAGGAAACAGGGUUAAUUGCUCAAGGUUAAUUUUUUAAUUAAAUUUCCCAUUUUUUUCCCCGUAAAUAAUUUAAUUAUUUUAAUAGAAUAAUAAAUUUGAUAUUAGCGAUUAUAGUAUAAUAACAGCGAUUUUCAAUAAGUAGAGCAAUAUUCGUUAUGCAAUUGUUUGUACAGUAAUGGUGCAAAUGUUUCUUUAUUUUGGUUAAAAAAAAAAAACAUUAACAAAUUUAGUAGAAAAGCAUUUGUAUAAAGCAAGAAAUAAAGAUAUUUACGAAAUUAUUAUUUUCUGUAAAAAAAAUUUGUAGAAACGAAAAUAUAUAUUAUAUUUUUAAAAAACAAAA